AUGACCCCCAGAACGCUCGAUAGUAUCUCGCCAGAGGCUGGUUGUUGGCUAUUAUUUGCAUUUCAUUUCGAAAAUCCAUUGUUUCACAGCCAAUCCAAACACCAGACAUGGAACCUGGUCUCUCCAAAACAAAAAUAUUGGGUGUCUAUUUCCUUUCACGAACGUCUAUCAACUUUCCUUUACUUUUAUCAUCCUCCUAGCAAAAUGGCCGCCGCAAUUCCUGUUUUUACGAUCUAUGAUGCCAUGAUUUUAUGUCAAAUCCCUGACACUGGUAAUUUCCAAGGACAAACUGACGCUCAACGUAUGGCAGAAGAGCUCUUUGACAACGAUUUUGGCACUGCCAUGACCAAGUCAAUCAAGCAGGUCAACAUGGACCUUGCAACGCUUGCAUCCUUGACCGCUGUACAAGGACGAAUUGCAUUUGUACAGUGGGUUCGCGAUGAAAUUCGGAUGGGCAGAAACCCUGCACAACACCCUUUUCCAGCUGGAGAUACAUCUACUCUGCUGCAGCGAUUGAACUUCCAUCAAAAGUAUGUCAAAGAUUCUAAAACUUUAAUUGACAAUACGGUUCCACCCAAGUGGAGCAAAGAACAACAAUGGAAGCAAUGGGUCAAGCUGCUCCGUGACCACCUCCGCGCAUAUAUCGGUGUCAAUGGCAUCCCUCUUGUUUAUGUGGUCCGCGAGAAUGCAGCUCAAGACCCAACACCACAAGACGAUUUUCUUGACGAAUACAUCAAUAUGGCUCUACUUGUUGGAACCGCCUUUAUUGUGGAUAACAAACAAGUGUUGGCUCUACUGAACAAAUUUAUCAUGGGUUGUUCUGAAGCUGAAAUGGUGAUACAAGCGCUCAAUACUACUACUGAUGGUAGAGCUGCUUUCUUUGCAUUGAAGGCAUUUUAUGAAGGUGAAGGCAUUUUCGCUCAUGAUGUCAUGGAAACAAGAAGACUCGUAGAUUGCAUACCGGCUAUGUCAUCUUCUUGA